AUGGUUGGCGGCUUGUGUGCUCGCAGGUUGGCCCGCCGGUCGCGGUCCGCCCUGAUAGCAGCCCUCACGGUACUGCUGGUGCAGACGCUGAUUGUGUGGAACUUCAGCAGCCUCGACUCCGGCGAAGACAGGGAAAACGGAGGCUCCAAUGUGCGGGAGAAGAGGGACCGGGUCGCGGGCAACAAAGCCGCUGGCAGCGACUAUUUCCAGCACGGGGUCCAGCGGCGGCAGCAUCAUCCCCCGCCUGGGAGGGGGGCGUCUCGGCACAUACAGCAGCCGGAUGGUUAUUACUCCCACCGGCCGAAGGAGAAAAACAGAGUGGACAGCAACAACGAGAACUCCGUACCAAAAGACUUUGAAAACAUAGACAAUAGUAACUUUGGUGCUCGCUCGCAGCCACACCGGCAGUCUGUAGGGGCCACCAGCAGCAAGCAGCAGCGGGAGCACCUGCAGGAGAAGGCCCACGCCCAGCAGCAAACAUGGCGGGAAAGCUCUCCAAGUCUGGGCCGCAACUCGAACGAAGUGCUCCCUGUAGGGCACCAGCCGCUGGCGGUCGGCAACAACGCCUCAUACGCAGUUGGUCACGGCGUCGCAGGAGGGCCGCGUCAGAACUAUCAUGCCUCACAGCACGCCCAGCAGACCCAGGCACAGCACAGACAUCAGCACCCGCACCGGAGGCAGGUGACUGCAGCGCCGCUUGAGGUGACCUACGACCAGCCACCCAAGUGCGAGAUCAGUGGGAAGGAAGCCAUUUCAGCUCUGUCCAGAGCCAAGAGUAAGGAGUGCCGGCAACAGAUCGCAGAGGUGUACUGCAGACACAAGGAAGGCGGGUUGAUGCCUGAGAAGGUCACCCGUUACUGCCCCAUUGAGGGUAAAGCCAAUGCUAAUGUCCAGUGGGAUGAGGACUCCGCUGAGAGCUUUCCAUCGAAACCAGUGAGAAUAGCGUUUGUCCUGGUGGUCCAUGGACGAGCCUCUCGCCAGUUUCAUCGCCUCUUCAAAGCCAUCUACCACACCUCCCACUACUACUACAUACAUGUUGACCAGCGCUCCAACUACCUGCACAGGCAGGUGCAUGCCUUGGCUGCACAGUAUUCCAAUGUGAGGGUGACACCAUGGCGCAUGGCCACCAUCUGGGGUGGUGCCAGUCUGUUGACCAUGUAUCUUCGCAGUAUGGCUGACCUGCUGGCCAUGAGGGACUGGAACUGGGAUUUCUUCAUCAACCUCAGUGCCGCAGAUUACCCCAUCAGGACCAAUAACCAGCUGGUGGCCUUCCUGUCCAAAUACAGAGACAUGAACUUCAUCAAGUCCCAUGGCAGGGACAACGCCAGGUUUAUCCGAAAGCAAGGCCUGGACCGUCUGUUCUUUGAGUGCGACACCCACAUGUGGAGGCUGGGCGAUCGCAAAAUCCCAGAGGGCAUCUCUGUGGACGGCGGGUCCGACUGGUUCCUUCUUAACCGUAUGUUCGUGGAAUAUGUCAUCAACUCCAAGGACAAUUUGGUCACCAACAUGAAACGCUUCUACGCCUACACUCUGCUGCCUGCUGAGUCGUUCUUCCACACAGUGCUGGAGAACAGUGCCCACUGUGAGAGCAUGGUGGAUAACAACCUGCGCAUCACCAACUGGAACCGUAAACUGGGCUGUAAGUGCCAGUACAAGCACAUCGUUGACUGGUGUGGAUGCUCCCCAAAUGAUUUCAAGCCUGCAGAUUUCCACCGUUUCCAGCAAACAGUGCGGCCCACCUUCUUUGCCAGGAAGUUUGAAGCCAGCGUGAACCAGGAAAUAGUGAACCAGCUGGACACCUACCUGUUUGGACCAUUCCCCCAGGGGACGCCGGCCCUAAACUCGUACUGGGAGAACAUGUACGACGAGCCAGAUGGCGUGGCCAGUCUGUCGGACACACAGCUCACGUACUACCACUCCUUCUCGCGGCUGGGCUUGGCCAGGGCUGCCGCCUCGCUGCAGGGAAACCCAAAAGAUCACAGCUGCAGGUAUUUUCCCAUGGGCCACCCGGUGUCAGUGCAUCUUUACUUCCAGGCAGACCAGUUCCAGGGCUACCUGGUCAAGCAUCACGCCACCAAUCUGGCCACAAGCAAGCUGGAGACCAUGGAGACCUGGGUGGUACCCAAGAAGAACUUCAAGCUGACCUCUCCUCCGGCCAGCACAUUCAGCAGGUUGCUGUUUGCAGAGAUCGGUACGGAGUGGGAUGCAAAAGAACGCCUGUUCCGAAACUUUGGCGGCUUGAUGGGCCCCAUGGAGGAGACGGUAGGCAUGCAGAAGUGGACUAAGGGGCCUAACGUCACCGUCACGGUCGUGUGGAUCGACCCCACCAACGUAAUCGCAGCCACCUACGACAUUCUAAUAGACGCCAGCGCCGAGUACACCCACUACAGGCCGCCGCUCAACCAGCCUCUGCGGCCCGGCGUGUGGAGCGUCCGCAUCCUGCACCACUGGAGCCCCGUGGCUGAGAUGCGCUUCCUUAUCGUCCCCUUGACCUUUCAUAAGCACCAGCCCAUACGACAAGAGGAUACUCUGAGGUUCCACAACGGGCCGGUGAAGAACAGCUACAUGGAGCAGAGUUUCCACGGCCUCAACCCGGUGCUCAACAUCCCCGUCAGCCUGAGCUUCGUGGAGCAGGCUAAGAGGAACGCUGCCCUGACCGGCCCAGAGCUGGAGCAUUGGCUAGACAGCCUGGUGCACGAGCAGUGGGAGGCGGCCGAUGUCUGCGCCGUUGGCCUUACCGCCUGCCCUGUCAUGCAGGCCUGCUCCAAGAACCCAUGGAGCUCCCUGAGCCCAGACCCCAAAUCCCAGCUGAGACCUCCGCGUGCAGACGGGCGCAUCAGGUAGCAGCGAGGCUUCCAGCUGGACAGGAGGCCACGGCACAGAGAGAUUCACUGUUGAUUUUUAUUUAUUUAAAGUUGCAGGUG